AUGCAGGCGAGCAGAGAUGUUCCGCUUUCGGACCCGGCGUUGGACCGGCCUAGAUUGAAGACCGACAUGUGCAAGAACGUGGACCUGCCAAUGUCUGCGUUUGCGAUCAACCACUUGGAUUAUAAGUAUCCCAUUGAUCUCUCUUCCAGAGUUCCUUCUUCUUCCUUCUCCACCACCCUUCUCUAUUUUCCUACUAUCGUGUGCUUUCUUUGCAGGUUAUCCUCUUCUAUCGCCUUCUCUUUUCGUUCUACCAUAUCGAAGCAAUUAUCUUGCGUUACUUUUUCCAUCAUGGAUAAAAUUGAAGCUAUCAACAAGCUCACCGGGGGUCUCCGUCACUUGAGAUUCCGCAGCGCUGACGAGGAGAGAAAGUAUUCUGUACCAGUCGAGACUGUCCCCCGUCCAGGUUUCAACACUACAGGCAAGGAGGUCGAACUCCAAGUCAACGCUUACCCUAUUACGAAAUUUCCCAGCCGCACCGUUUACCAGUAUGAUGUUCAUAUCGGCGGCGGACUGGAGAAGUUCAUUGUCAACAAGAAAGUGUGGAAUUCAAAGGCUCGAAGGGAGAACCUGAAGAGCAUCGUCUUCGAUGGCUCGAAGCUUGCAUGGUCGAUGAACCAUUACAAGACCGAAUUCAACGAAGAGAUCAAUCUUGAUGUUGAAGAGGGUCGCCCUGCAAGAACAGGCAAAGACAAAGACAAGAAUACCUUCCGUCUGCUUGUCCGGCACACCAGAACAGUCAACCUGGCCGUGUUGAAUGCUUGGCUCACUGGUCAGGCGUCCUUCGACGACGGAGUGCUGGAGGCGAUGAAUUUCCUUGACCAUGUUCUCAGGGAACAUCCCUCCUCGCGGCUUUUGGCCCUCAAACGUUCCUUCUUCGAUGAAAAUGGAGGGAAGGAGGAGCUCGGCGGGGGCGUUAUCGCUCUCAAGGGAAUGUAUCAAUCCAUUCGACCUGCCAUGGGCGGUAGACUUGUCGUUAAUGUUGACGUCUCUAAUACAUGCUUUUGGUCCCGUAUUAGCCUGACUGGCGCGGCAAUGGAGAUUUGCGAAGCCAGAGACCAUCAGCAUCUGUCUCAUCUUCUUAAACCCAAAGCAGAUGGAUAUGGAGGAGUCACCGAGUCCGAACUCUUCCAAGAAGUCAGUAGACGGCUCCGGAAGCUGGUCGUGGCUCCAUUCUACGGAGGAUGUCCAGUCCUGGGUGUCCGUUUCACUGUCAAGGGGCUUAUCAAUGGCAAUGCGCGCCAGUACAUGAUUGACAUCAAAGACAAGGCCACCGGCAAAACCAACCGCAUGAGCGUUGAACAGUACUUCAAGCGCAAGUAUGACCUGACUCUCAACGACUGGGCACUUCCCAUGGUUGAAAUGACGAAGAAAGACGUGGUGUACCCCAUGGAGGUUUUGACCAUUCAGGGUCUGCAGCGCUAUCCUUUCAAGCUGAACGAAUGGCAGACAGCUUCAAUGAUCAAGUAUGCGGCGUCUCGUCCGGCAGAGAGGCUCGAGACAAUCAUGACUUCUAAGAAGACACUUGCCCAUGACAAAGACCCUGUCCUUAACAACUUCGGGCUUAAGAUCAGUGAGUCCAUGAUGAAGACCAAGGCUCGGCUUCUCCCAAGUCCCGCCGUCAUGUUCGGCAACAACCAGCGCAUUGAGCCUGGAACUAGUGGCCGCUGGGAUCUCCGUGGAAAGAAGUUCUACACACCAAAUACACAUCCCCUACAAGCAUGGGGAAUUGGCUAUUUCCCCGGAAGACGCAACGUUAUCAACGAGGCCCAGGUAGUCAAAUUUGCCGAUAACUUUAUGAAGACCUAUGCUGGACAUGGAGGCAGUAUUACCCGCCGUCCUGUGAUCAUCGAGCUUAAAGAAGACAUCGGUGACGCGAUUAAAAAGUUGUAUGAGGGUGCCGGAAAGGCAAACCAAGAGGACCCCCAGUUGCUUCUUGUCAUCGUUCCGGAUAAAAAUUCCUUCACCUAUACACGCAUCAAGAAGUCGUGUGACUGCCGCUGGGGCGUGCCCUCCCAGGUCAUGCAGUCAACUCAUGUCAUCAAGGGGAACGCCCAAUAUAUUUCCAACGUCCUAAUGAAGGUGAACGCUAAGCUUGGAGGAGUCACAAGUCGCGCCGUGUCAAAGGUUCAAGGAGCAUCCUUGCGGCCAGGCUCAAUAAUCAUUGGCGCUGACGUGACCCAUCCUCCCAUGGGUGUCUGGUCACCCUCAAUGGCGGCACUUUCCGUGUCCAAGGAUCCCUAUGGCAGCAGCUACUUCGGCUCUUGCGAAGCAAACAUGGACCGUGUAGAGAUCAUCUCGCGGACUAGUAUGGAGUUUAUGCUCGCCCCUCUUGUCCGUGAAUGGAUGUCCACUGUCGGACAGGGACGCGCGCCUAAGUACGUCUAUUACUUCCGUGACGGUGUGUCUUCCGGUCAAUUUGAGCACGUCCUUAAGCAAGAGGUCAUAAACAUCAAGAGUGUCAUCACGCAGCACAACCAGAAUCAGUGGGAUGGUAAGAUCACUGUGGUUGUUGCUAACAAGCGUCACCAUUUGCGAGCAUUCCCGAGGCCGACUGAUCGCAAUGCUGCAGACAGGAACGGUAACCCGCUGCCCGGUGUUCUAAUCGAGAAAGAUGUGACCUCCCCUCAUGAUUGGGAUUUCCUCCUAUAUUCGCACAUUGCUCUGCAGGGAACUUCGCGGCCCGUUCAUUAUCAUGUCAUCCUCGACCAGAUGCAGCACAAACCCCAUGAGCUUCAGAACAUGAUUUAUGAUCAUUGUUACCAGUACAUUCGGUCCACGACUUCGGUCUCCUUGUACCCGGCUAUUUACUAUGCGCACCUUAUCGCUAGCCGUGCCCGCAGCCACGAGGAUGUUCCGGCCAGCUCGGGUCCACAGAGCGGUAACACGAUCAAGCUCACGAAUCCCAAGCCUAAGAACAGGCCAAUCGACCCUAAGCUACUGCCAAUCAUCAACCGGAGGAACAGACUGCCCUGGCAGAUGUGGUUCAUCUAG